CUGCUCCCGCUUCCCUGCCUCCCGCAGCCGCGGCGCGGGCUCAGCCAAUGGGCAGCCCCGCGCUCGGGACCGGAGCUGGUUACCCAAUCUCAGCCCUCCUCCUGCGCCGCCUCCUCCGAAGAUCCGUUCGCGUCCAAGCCUGGAAGAGCGAGCGAGGGGGGCGGGGGAGAGAGGAGCGAGGGAAAGAGACAGGGACGCGGAGGGCGAGGAGGCAGCGCUGUGGCAGGCGGGCUGUGGCUGGUUAGAGCAUCCUGCUCGGAGAGCCUGGCCCGGGGCAUCUCCUGCCUGCCUCCCUCCCUGCCUCUUCUCCGGGCUGUCUGUCCGGGGCGGGUAAGGCGCGCUCACCCCGGACCAUGCCCCUCCGCCGGCACAGGCUGGGCCACACUGGACAUUCACCAUAACUAGAGCUCCCCCACCCCACCUUCGCCCACUUCCCUCCUCCUCCUCCCUGCUGCGGCUGCUGCCUCUUCCGCGGGGACCUGCUAGAGUGAUGGGCUGCAUAGGAUCCAGGACUGUAGGGAAUGAGGUGAUUGCAGUGGACUGGAAGGGAUUGAAAGAUGUGGACCAGAUCAAUAUGGACAGCACCAGCUCAUUGCAUGGCAGCAGCAUCCACCGACCCUCCACUGAGCAAACCCGGACAGAUUUCUCCUGGGAUGGUAUUAAUCUGUCCAUGGAAGACACAACCUCCAUUCUCCCCAAGCUGAAGCGGAACUCCAAUGCUUAUGGAAUCGGGGCUCUGGCUAAGUCGUCUUUCUCUGGCCCCUUAGGGAUAUCCCGCAGCAUGAAGGAUCACGUCACAAAGCCAACGGCUAUGGGACAGGGUCGUGUAGCUCACAUGAUUGAGUGGCAAGGCUGGGGCAAAGGUAACAGCCAGCAACAACAGCAUACACAUGAGGCAGUGCGCAAGGAUGCUGAUGCCUACUCAGACCUGAGCGACGGUGAGAAGGAGGCCCGAUUCCUUGCAGGGGUGAUGGAGCAGUUCGCCAUCUCUGAGGCCACUCUCAUGGCCUGGUCCUCCAUGGAUGGUGAGGAUGUGAGUGUCAACUCCAACCAAGAGAACCCAGCAGGCAACUACAGUGAGAACUACCAGGAGCUGAUGGAGAACCAGGAUCACAUGGCCCAGACACAGUAUGACAGCUGGCCCCACUCCUAUGUUUCUCAGGGCAUGUAUUGCCUGGGCUCCUCUGAUGCUUGGGAGACCAGUGACCAAUCCCUCAUUGCUUCACCGGCUACUGGCUCCUACCUAGGCCAGAACUUUGAGGAGACCCAGUCCAACCUGCAGGAGAGCACAUUGAUUCAGAGUAGCAUCAUUCAGCAGCAUCAGAUGCAGCAGCAGCAACCACAGGCCCUGCUCCAGAACCCAAGGCUCAUUGACAUGUGGCCCCCUCAGACUGCUGCAGGGGGUGGUUGUGGAGCUGAAUCCAGCACAUACAUGGGGGUGCACACAGAGGAGGAAGGGAACCCACUACUGGAGAAGGCUCCACUGCUAAACAAGAAGACCUCUCCAGAGGAGGACGAUGCUGUAUGCCGGGACCUGGAGUCACUGUCACCUCGGGAGGAACUGGAACAUGCCGCACUCAGCCGCAAGGUCUCAGAUGUCACCUCAUCUGGGGUACAAUCCUUUGAUGAGGAAGAGGGGGAAGCAAACAAUUGAUGCUGCCAGUGAGGAAUCUGUCACCAUUAUCAAAUGGGAGAGGGGAGGGGGGAAUGAAAUGACAGGAAAACCUCUCCCCAGGUUCCCAGGCGGACACACGUUUCAUUCAGACAUUUAAUUUUUAACAAAAGGGAAGUAAAGGACUGGAGGUGUUUGACAGGAACCCUCCUUACCCACCAUCAUGGACCAAUCCCCUGGCCCCACUGCUCUGGACAGCACGCUGGGGGCUCAGGGAACUCUGGACUUUAAAUCUUUUUGAUACAAGGGUUUGGCUUUGGAUUCAGACUGCUCAGAUGCUAGGAUGUGGCUCCCAAGAUACAAACAGUGGCUUGAUACAGGGAUGUGGCUGUAUGGAUAGGAUCUAUCUUGGCAGAAUGAAUGUUGUUUUGGGGCUACAAUCUGCUUUGAUCCAUGGGAUAUGUGAAUACAGGGUCUGUUUUGAACAGGGCACAAGACUAUGCAGAUAUAGGUUGCACUGAUACAGGGAUUGUGGCUGAUAUACAGGGUAAGGCUGUAUGGAUAUAGCCACUGCACUAAUAGGAUGGAUGAGCUAUAUGGAUAAAUACUGUACAGUUCUUUGAUAUGAGAACCAAGGCUCUGUGGAUACAGACUGUACUGUGGUAUGGAUGGUGUGGCUCUGUGGAUUCGGGAUGUGCUCUGAUAAGGAUGGCUUACCUCUGUGGACAAAGGUUGUGCUCUUUACGGAUGAUGAGGCUCUGUGGAUACAGGAUGUGUUCUGGUAUGGAUGGUGUGGCUCUGUGGACAUGGGCUGUGCUCUGGUACGGAUGGUGAGGCUCUGUGGAUACCGACCUCAACCCAUACAGCAACAGCUGUGCUUCAAUCUCUUUGAAACAUUUUUCUUUUGCUCCCGCUGACAUGUCUGUCUGACUGGGAGCUGUAGGGGAGCCAGGCGGGGGGCGGGGGGUUGGGGGAGAAUGGGUAUGGGGAUAUUUCCAGGUGGUGUUGGGCACUACAUCCAUGGGGAGGGGGUCACCUGCCAUUUUCUACUAUAUAGACAUCGUAACAUAAAGCUGACUUUCCAGGAGGAUUUGGGAGUUUGUCCACCUCUGUACUGCUGCCUGAAUCCUUCCCUCUUUUCCUCUGCAGGGAGGCCAGGAACAGCAGGAACAAACAGUAUCACCAUUUUCCAGUUUAUAUUGGAUUUUUGUUGCUGUUUCUUUUUCUACAGGUUUAUAUUGUCGGGUACUGGUUCUAAACACAGUGGUUAACAAAGGGAAAGGCCUGGCCACCACUUACCAUAACUGCCAUACCAUUCUCAGUGUCCCUGAUCCCUCUGUGGUGCCAAAUGUGGAUGGAGGAAAGGGGGUGGGAGGGAAACUUUUCUCCUCCCUCCUGUUCAUUUCUCUUUCCUGCUUUACAUUUUCUGUUUUUUCUUGACAAUGUAAAUAUUGCUUGGCACUGUUUUCUUUUUUCUCAUUCCUCCCAUCUCUCUUUCAGGGGUGGGGAAGGCUGGGUUUUGGGGGAUUUUCCCCAUUUGUACAGGUUCUAUAUUUUUGUUAACAAAGUUUAUGAUUCAUGGAUUGAUGGGGUUUUGAUUCCAUGUGAUUCCCCUUCUUGUUGCUGCAGACAAACUACAGUAGAAGGGACUUUAAAUAGGUAUUUAACCAAUUGUUUCCCCGCUGCUCUUGCUAGGGAAUAAACAGGAGACAAAAAUUGUGUGGGGGCAAUCAUUGUUCAGAUAGCAGAACAUGACCACCAGGGAAUGGUAGAAGUGUUGGGUGUUCACUGAAAUGUGGGCGGUAUGUGAGCAAUUGCAUCCCUCCAACAAAGAAAUCCCAACAAAGGGUGAGUUAAGGGUGGGAGACUGGAUAAAUGAACCAAGCUGGAGAUUGCCCUCUUUCUGCACUACCCUGGAGCCAUCUCUUCCCCACUUGCUCCAAGCCAGAGCCACUCUUUUCAACUGCAAUACAGACAUUUGUCUCUUCUCUGUCUUCUCCUCCCUGAUGGUAGACUUGAUAUUGCUGCUUGCAGGAUGGGAGAGUGAGGCAUGUUCCUCUCCUGAUCCAGGUUUGGAACCCAACCCAUGUAGCAGGGAAGGAGUAACAUAUCAGGAGAGGAGAAUGUGGCAGGAAUAUUAUCCAGGAGGCUAGGAUCUGAGACAGCCACAGGAAAACAGAAGUGGAUCAUAUCCAGGAGUCAAGAGGAGGGUGAAUUAGACAUGGAGCCUUGGAGAUGGUAUUUCCACUCACCUUUCCUACAAGCAAUUGGGAUUAUAGGGAACUCCACAGAGAACUUCUAAGUCUCUCUGGCAAGCUCCAUUUCAAGAGGAUCUGUCUUCCCGCUCCACUGUACCUCUAAUGGAAAUGCCACUGGGAGGAGUGUUUGGGAGGAUUACGUGAGGCUGAUGCUUUGGGGUGGAUAUGAGACAAAAGCAUUUGUUACCACCUCUUUGUCCCCAUUUCUUUGCAGCUUCCCUGUCUCUCCCAGGGGAGGUUGCUCCUUUCCUGGGUGAUGAGGUUUCAAUAUCUACUUAAAUAUGUUUACACAUUCUGGUACCAACCUCCCAAGGUUGAGAAGGUUGGAUAAAGCACCUCCCAAAAUCCUGGGAGGACUCAUUAUCCUGAGUUUAUCUGAACUGCUUUGGUUUGGCUGUUACAUGGAUUGGGGAAGUCUCACUAGCAAGAACAGAGAAACUGGGAAAGUGCAUGGGCAGGAAAACUGAAGGUGUGUUUCUUUGGGGUGUUUCUUUUGGGGAUAAGGUUUGAUAAGCCUGCUUCUUAUUUUUUCCCAACCAUUCUGCCUCCAAGGUCCUAUCCAGGACCAACCGAUGUUUACAGUAAUUAUAUUUCAGUGUAUCUUCAAAUGUAUCCUGCUCCCACCUUGUCAUUCAUAGGACCAGGACAAGGGGGUCAUCUUGGUUAGGUCUGUUGUUUUUUUUAACGCCGACAAGUUGUGCAUUUAGUAAGAUGUGUGACAAAUGUAUGAGGUGCAUUUUCUCCAUAGGAGAGAAGUGACAGAGGGACACACAUUACAUGGAAAACAAAGACUAAAAAAGAAAAAGGAAAGAAAUGUACCUUAUGAAAAUCCCACAGAAUCUAAGAGCAAGUGAAAACCUUCCCACAGAGUUUUCUGACUUCUGGAGAAUUAUACUUCUGCUACAGAAUUCUAUAGACCAAUUUCAAAAAGCUUAUAGAAGGGAUCUCAUUGUCUACGGUGUUUAAAGUAAUUUCUACAGAAACCUAUUAUUUUCGCGUUAUUAAAUUCUAUAAGAUUUUUCAUAAAGAUCUUGCUUUUUUGCAAAUAAAGAUAUUACCUUUUUAAAAAACAACAACAAAACUUUCCCUUGGUGUCCCCACCAUCCAAGAACACAUAUGCCUUUCUCGUUGCCAGGAACCUGACUGGACACAGCAUUCCCAUGGCCUAAGUAAGGCCCAAAUGGACAAUAUUAAUAACAAACUGAUAGGUCACUUUGAGUCUCCUGCAAAAUGUGAUUCUACCUUAAAAAGUGACUGUAUAAAAAUGGGCUUUCCUUAUGCACUCUGCCUGUAAACAGAAUCAGAUCGUCUCACAUUGCUAAGAUUUUCAGAAGUGACACAUGGUUCUGGAUUCAUCAGUUUUUGGGGGCCCAAUUUCAGAUGCCUUAAGGCUCCCUGAUUUUCAGCACUUUCUGAAAAUCAGGUCUACUGAAAGUAUCCAAAAAUUGAGGAAUGCAAAGUUACUAGUCCCUUUUGAAAAUCUUGGCCCUAGAUUUUGACUUGCUUUUUAUUCAGUUUAUCUCUGCACAGCCAGCCUAGUUCAGAAAGAGGGUAAUGGAACCUAUUCCUUCUUGUGCAGCAUCUGCAGAAUUGUUUCCUAUGUUCUAAUUAGUCACACCUGUGCAAACCUCCUGAAGGCCAUGGGGUUGCCACAGGUGUCAUAGGGGGCACAAUUUGAAUUGCAGAUUCUUUAUUCUAGGGGAUGAUCUGGAAGAGUCCAACUUGACUCUCAGAGCCCAGGCUGAGUUUGCAGGGCUGACAGUCAGAAACAAAUAUCUUUUUAUUUGUCUGGUAAGCAAGUUUGAUCUGGAGUCAUCACUUGUGAACAGAGCUGCACUCAUGAAAUAUUUCUGAAAUUGCUUGAAGCUGUGUAGCUAGAGGGCUCCUUGCCUUUGUUUGCUUUCCACCGUAAAGCCAUUAAGACUUUAGCAGGAGCCAUGACUUCUAUUCUUUGCUGAACAGAGAAGUGUUUCUUUAAAUAUGGGUGACUCUAGUAGUUGAAGGUUUCAGAGUAGCAGCCGUGUUAGUCUGUAUUCUCAAAAAGAAAAGGAGUACUUGUGGCACCUUAGAGACUAACACAUUUAUUAGAGCAUAAGCUUUCGUGAGCUACAGCUCACUUCAUCCAGAAUGCAUCCGAUGAAGUGAGCUGUAGCUCACGAAAGCUUUUGCUCAAAUAAAUUUGUUAGUCUCUAAGGUGCCACAAGAACUCCUUUUCUAGUAGUUGAAUCGGCUCUCAGACAGACAGAGCUCUUGCUCACUCCUAUGCCCUCUACUGUCACCAUCUGGCCAGUUCACAUUACUGUUGUUAAACCUACAAGUUGUUUGCAGGUUUGGAGUCUUUACCUCUAGGGCACCAGUUCCAGUGCAUCCCCAUGAGUGCCUGGCUCAGGGGAAUCAUGAAGUUGGAUAUAGGGUCUUUCAUCUCUAAAGCACAAUUUUCAAUUUGGCCUCAGGUUGGGGGAACUGGCUGGGUGAAUGAGACAAGGGGAAGGGCCAUUCAUCUGUAGGGCAUCAGUUCUGAUACAUCCUUGGGGAAAUGGCUCAGGGAGUUAAGGAAGGGGCCACAGAUCUUACCACUUCUAGGUGACUGGUUCCAAUCUGUUCCUACUUUGUAGUGACUGACAGUCAUUCCCAUCUGGCAGCUCUUCAGUUUCCAUGUGAACUGGCAGAUCUCAGGCAGUGGCUAGUCACCCUUGCCAAUUCCACCCCUUUUCUUUGACUAUGCUGGGACUUCAGAGCGAACAGGGAAAGGUAAGCACCACUGAAUCUAAGUCCUGUCCUGUGAUUGUAGGGCAGGGGCAAGUCUGUGAGAAGGACUGGGCACUGUGGUGGGCUUCUGGGGUGAGACAGCUGCAGCCAGGGUACAUGCCUGUUUUCUUACAGUUCCAAGGUGACUUGAGAGUUGGAAUAGCCCUGAGAUUUAUAGACUGGCCACAUGUGUGGCUAAAGCCUGGACCAUCCUUACUGUGUCCAGCAAACGGCAAUUGUCUGUGGACCCGGCAGGACAUCCAGGGGAAAGGAAACUAUUUUCUAAAUCUGAAAAGGUGUGUGUGUUGGGGGGAGGGGUUAAUCACAGAAUAAGAAAGAGAUUCCCCCAAUCUGGUGUUGCUCAAGUGCUGUUACAGAGCUUGGUGAAUAAAUAGGCUUGGCAGAAUUAGAUUUUUAAUAUAUAAUUUUGAUGGAUAAUAUCAAUGUUAUUUUUAAUCAUUUUUUCUAGUUUUAUCUAUUUCAGUUUUCACAAAUUAAUUUGGGUUUGAAAUUGAAAUUAUGGGUGGUUCAGACAAUGAUCAUGUAAUAAGAGAUGUUGAGAUUCAAAAAGUUAUAUAGCUUCAUAAAUGUUAAAACCCAAAUUGUCAACAUGUCAUGUCAAAAUAUACAAAGUAAAUAUCUUUAGAUCAAACUCAAAGUUCUCAAGCGGCAUUUUUCUUACUUUGCCUAGCUGUAAAUUUCAUUUAUUGUCAAUGGAAAUAUUUUUUCAUUAGUUUUUGUGUAUGUGUACAAUGAAAUCAGCAUUUACUGACCAUUACCAAUAAAAAUCUAAUCCUUCCAAGCUUAUGCAUAGGCCAUCUAGCUUGCCCCUCUGGAAGACAAGGAGGAAGAGGGCGAUUUCUCCACACUCAAGAAGUUACCUCCUUCCUUCCUUGUCUCCCUUGAACAGCCAGAAUACUGUAUUCCUCCUCCUGUGGGCACCAGCCAGCAACUGCCCCAAGUAAGAGCCCAAUUCUGCUCCAACUGAAGUCAGCUGGGACUUUGCCUUUCAUGGGAACAGGGUGAGGCCCUGAAUCACCAGAGUUAGUCCCAUUUGGCUUAAAUGUCAGAUUAAUUGUCCUGACAGAGGAAAAGAUAAGUAAAAAGUAAACACCCUUCAAUACUCUGGAGAGUAGCACAGGCUGGCAUUAAGCUUAGCUGCACAAUCUGGAAAGGUAUCACCUCAGCCUUCCCAUGUAAGGAGAAGGUCCUUGCUCUCUCACAGCCUAGAACUGUUUCUUCCUGCCAGCUCAGACUAUCUCACACUAGCUGGUAUGAGGGAAAGUUUCUCCAUCUCACCCCACUUUGGAUUUUCCGCAUUUUCAGACAUUUCUAAACAAUGGGAAAUGUUAUUUUAAAAUGCUGUUACCAAAAGAGCCUUCCAAAUAUAGCCAUCACCAGUAAUCUGCAAUCAGCAUAUUUAAUGCUGUCUUGAGAGAAGUGGAGAGGAAUUAACAUUCUCUGUUUAGCUGGAGCACAGAAGAGGGAGUCUGACAGCGAUGUGCUGCGCCUUAACUCAGGGAAGGGAAGGAUAAACAGAGCGAUAUGCAGAAUAUGGAUUUGGUGUGCACCCAUUAGAUAGCAUAGCAGAGGCAGUGUCAGUUAUGAAUGGAGCCAGAUGGGGCCCUCUUUCAUAUCACAGUCACUCCCCAAGUGAGAUAGAUAGGGCUGGAUCUGUAGGAGAGUGAUAGACAUCUGUGCCAGAUCAGUAUCUUUCUGUCUCUCUCCCCAGCACAGUAUUUCUCACUAUGCAGAAUGUCUGGCCCCUUGCUGGAGAUCACAGGCCCCUGCCAGCACAGACAGCUCUCUAGGUUUGUUGGGAAGUGAUACAGACCACAUGGUCACUGUGUUACCAGUACAGAUAUGGCAUGAUCUGCGUUGGAGCAUAGAGACCAUCUGGGUCUUUGUUAUAUAUCUGGCUCUUCCUAGCACAGACAGUACAAGAUAUGUACAGGUGUGUGUGUGAUGUAUACCAGUAAGACCUUUCUUUGACAUUUUUGUCCUUCCCUUGUAUGGAUAUGAACAGGUCUGUACAAGAGUAAUAUGGACCAGCUGGGGUUGUGUAUUGUAUUUCCCCAGCACAGACAGAUCUGAAUUCGAAUGGAAGCAAUGUAACCAGGCCAGGCCCCUGUUUUGGACAAUGUUUCCACCCAGACCCUAGGAUUUCUCCUGGAAAUGUAGGGACUGAUAGGUUAUCUGUUCAGUCAUGAAUGUUGCUCCCCAGGGCAGACAACAAGGCACCUGCCUGUUCUAGAAUGAUGGAAAGGGCUCCUGGUUAAGCUAAGUGGUACUCUUAAGAAGGGAGAGUUGCUAUCUUAUCACUGGGUGGGUGGGAAUUCAGCCUCCAUUUCCACCUUGCACUGAGUCAAUGCUCAGUGUCUUCAGAAAUCUAGUCUUGGUUCUGCUCCUCCCAAGGGUACAACUAGUGUCCAUUCUGUCAGUCAAAGUUCUUCUCCACCCAGGAGAAAGGUCAUGCAUUGACAGUUAAUUCCAGGAUAACACAGCCAUCCAGUCCAGGUUCACCUGAACCCCAAAGCCCUUUGCAGGAGGGAUAGAAAACCAGUAAAAGUAUUUUCCCUUGUUGCCCUGCUCCCUUUCUAGAGAUCAUAAAUCCCAUUCAGGUUCUUGACCUAGAUGCUGUGCCCAAGUCCAUUCCAGGCAAGCACAGGCAUCAACUUCACCUCCAUCCACUGUUCCCAUGUAGUGCACAGAUGAGCAGUGUGAAAAGCAGAAACAGCUUUGCAGUUAUAUUUUGUUUGAUGGUUUCUGUUUAUCUUCUCUGGUUUUGUGGGUGUCUUGCUUGAUUGGGGGAGUCACUAAUGGGUCCCCGGGAUCCUCCAAACUACAGAAUGAGCCUCAAAAAUCAUUUUACAAUGAGCAGGACUUUUUAAAAAAGCUCUUUUUAGGGUUGGAUGGGUAAGGGCUGGGGAGUGGGAGGUACAGUGAUCUCUGGGUGGUAUGGGUCUAUGGGUGGGUGGGAGAAUGGGGAGUGGAGUCUUGAAGCACGUUUAAAAGCAACCAAAGGUUUGGGGCUUAAGAUUUUGUAUUCUCAACAUAUGAAACUGCUAUUGCAUAAGGGGACAGGACAAGGAGGGGUUGUAGCAGGGCAAUGUAAAGACCCUCUUCUCCAGCUGUGUGUGAUUUUGUGUGGGACUGAAUGGAGAUUCUUUUCAUCCCUCAAGGAUGCAUUUUGUGGAGGGCCAUGGCUCUUCAUGGGGAAAGAAAGAGCAGGAAGAGAAGGGGGUCAGUCAUUGAAAUCCUCCUACCGCUGCCACCCCCAAAUAAAUAAAACUGAUUUGCCUUUGGUCUUCCCGGUCCAAAACUUCUUUGCCUGAAAUUUUUUCGCUGGUUAUUCUUCGCAUGUUUUGAUAAUGUGACUUCUGAGAAAAAAAUAUAUAGAUAGAUAUAGAUAUAGAUAUAAACUAUACAUACAGACAUAGGAAACUAUAUGGCACUACACACCUCCAUACCUAUGUGUGGCAGCAGCCACUGAAAAAGGAGACAAUGUAGGUCAAAAUGGCAUGUACAGUCCUUAUAGAGUUAUUAUUAAACAGAAUGUGGUCUUGCCAUUUUGGCUGGUGGAAGUGUUUUAUUUCUGCGGGGAGGAUCCAAGGGAUUUGCGUCUGAGGAAACAGUAUCCUAGCAGGAGUGGAGGCACAAAAUCAUUGCUAGGAGUAAAGCCAGAGCAUGCUGGAGACAUAUACAAGGAUAGGGGCAGUAUCUCAUUCCGAGCAGGCAAGAGAGCUUUUUGCACUCCACAAUAAAAAGAUGACACUUCAUCUGCAGCCAUUGUGUCACAGAACAGAGGUCAUUGUAUGAGCCCAACAAUGUCUGACCUGACACUGCUGCCCUCCUCUUCCCUUCUCUUUUCAUUUAGUUGCAGUAUUCAUUUUCAUGCUGAUAUUUCUCCAGUCUUUCAUCGCAAAGCAUGUUACAGACUGUACAUGUAAGAGUCAUUCAAUCACUAAUGAAAUGCUGCCAUCUUUGAGAUGGAGCCUAGCAGAUGGUUCACAACGUGCUAGACAGCAGGUUAGGACAGGACAUGGACAAAAAUCCAGAGCCAGUUGAAACCACAGGGAAGGUUUAAACAGGAUGAGAUCUAUAAUUACCUUGAAUAAUCCAGACUUUGGCUGUACAUCUAAUCCAAAAAACUGUAAUUCUAGCUGCAUGAUGCCCCUACUAGUGUAUAAGAGUAGUGAUUUAAUGUUGACUCAGAGGGGAGAUGCCCGAAUGGAGUUGCUGCCAUCUCCUUGCAGCUUUUCCAGUCUGGUUUACAUCUGCCAACCAAUGUAGCUUCCAACACUUGAAAGACUAAUGGCCUAAUACAUCUCACUGUCAGCAAGAGUUUGCUGCUAUCCUUUCUAAAUGUUUUUUUACCUUAGUUUCAUCCCAAUACUCCUAGUUGUACCCCUUUGCCACCGAAUAUAAUUUCUCUCUUCCUUGGUGUGAAUACCCUGCAGAUAUGUCUAUACUAUUGUGCGCCUUUACCUUAGAUGUUGCUUUCACAAAACAUACGUCGUUAACACCUCUAGUCUUUCCUUAUCCAUGAGUCCCUAACCUUCUAACCAUUUCUGGUGCUUUUCUCUGAAUUGCCUCCAGUUUGCCGGUAGUUGUUCUUGAAAUGUGGUGCUCAGAGUUCAAAUACUCCAAGUGUGCUUGCACCAGAGCCACAGAAGAGGGCUAUCACUUCCCUGACCCAUGAAGUAAUGCCUCUGCAUAUACCAAAACUGUAUUGGCCUUUUUACUGCCUGUUACACUACACACAGAUGUUUAAUUUGCUGUCUGUCGUAGCUUUUCAAGGUCUUUUUAAGCAUCUCUCUGUCCUAGGAUUCUCCUCCCACUGAGUAUGUUUUGGAUUCUUUUCCCCAGACAAGUUAGCUAUGUUUUCCUGUUAUUUUCUUAUCCCAUUAUUUUCUUAUCCUGUUAUUUUCUGUCCCAGUCUCAGCUCUCUGUAGUCUCUUUCUUAUUCUCUGUCCUGUCUGGUAUUCACUGCUCUUCCCAAGUCAUCGUCUGUGAAUUUCAUUAGCCAUGCCAUUUACUUCCUCUUCCAGAUUAUUCAUGAAGAUUUUUAAAUAAGAUGGACCUGGAACAGUUCUGCUUGACACCUCCCCAGCUUCAACUUUGCCAUUUGCCAGCAUGAUUUCUUUACAGUUCUUCAGACAGUUCUUAGUUGCACAUAGCAGUUCUCAUAUCCCAGUCACUUUGAAUUAUGACUGAGAGUGAGGGCAGGUCUACACUUAUAAAGCUGCAGGUCUACACUUAUAAAGCUGUAGCGCUUUAGUGAAGCUGCUACUAUGCUGACAGGAGAGCUUCUCCCAUCGGCAUAAUUAAUUCACCUCUGCGAGAGGAGGUAACUAUGUUGAUGGGAGAAGCCCUUCCCUCGACAUAGCACUGUUUACACUGGAGUUAGGUUGGUGAAACAUAAAAAAUAUCUCAUAAAAUAUUGGACCAAAAUCCAAGUAUGUUACAACUCCUGCUUUCUCUGUAACCACUUAUAUUGUAUAUCUCAGGAGCAAAAGGCAGCCAAGUUUGUUGUCAACUUAUUCUUCAUAAAUCUUCAGUGCUGCCUUUUGCUCACAGUUCUGUUGCACUUGGGGUUAGAGGUUAGGCUUUGAGGAGAUUGUAGCUUCAGCUUGUGUGGCUGACCUUAUGUUAAUGAUUUUCCUUUUUCUACGUUGACUUUUUCUUUCAUUUUCCUUCAUUGUUCAGAGUCACAGGUGACUUUGCCAUUUAUUACUGGGCAGCUUUAAGACAUUUAUUUAAAAAUAAAUAGUUUACAUUUUAAAAUCUGUCUUCAUUAUGGUUGUUUUAAAACUUGUUCUUGAUUGGAAAAAAUAGUAAUAGCUCUCUCAUGUCCUCUCUCUCCAUGUUUGUCUCUUUCUAGGCAUUUAUACUGAUUCGUCAUCUCAGUAGUAUCCAAGUUCUUUCUUUAGCGUCUUCCAGCUCAGAACUUUAAGGCCUUAACAUUAAUGAACUGAGCCUCACAAUGCCUCUGUGAAGGUACCAUUGGUAAUUAUAAUUCUCCCCAUUGUAUAGGUGGGGAUCACUGAGGAACGGAGUGGAGACUGGUUCUGUUAUGGCUGCUCUGUGUGAAUCCACUAAGUUGAGUGCAGGAAGGAGAAGGAGGCCCCAG